AUGCACAAAACCCCUUCAAGUUCAAGCCUACAGUUUCCCGAAAUACAGAAUGAGAGGGGUCGGGGUGGGGUCCGCCGGCCUCGCCAAGAAAGAGAGGUUCCUGAGUAUCUUCAUCAUGUUAAUAAACGCCUAGAAGAAGAAGCAGACAGACUUAUUACUUACUUAGAUCAGACCACCCAGAAGUCACUAAUUGCUUCUGUUGAGAAACAACUUCUAGGUGAACACUUAACAGCAAUUCUUCAGGAAGGUUUAAAUAACCUCCUUGAUGAAAACAGAAUUGAAGAUUUGUCUCUCCUGUAUCAGCUCUUCAGUAGAGUUCGAGGUGGAGUUCAGGUUCUCUUACAACAGUGGAUUGAGUAUAUCAAGGCUUUUGGAAGUACUAUUGUUAUUAAUCCUGAAAAAGAUAAAACCAUGGUUCAAGAAUUGUUGGACUUUAAAGAUAAAGUUGACCAUAUAAUUGAUACCUGCUUUAUGAAAAAUGAAAAAUUUAUCAAUGCUAUGAAAGAAGCAUUUGAAACAUUCAUUAAUAAAAGACCAAAUAAACCAGCUGAGCUGAUAGCGAAGUAUGUGGAUUCAAAACUUCGUGCAGGCAACAAAGAAGCUACAGAUGAAGAGCUUGAGAAAAUGUUGGAUAAAAUAAUGAUUAUAUUUAGAUUUAUCUAUGGCAAAGAUGUUUUUGAGGCCUUCUAUAAGAAAGAUUUAGCCAAACGCCUAUUAGUUGGCAAGAGUGCAUCUGUAGAUGCUGAAAAAUCAAUGCUGUCUAAACUGAAACAUGAAUGUGGAGCUGCAUUCACCAGCAAGCUUGAAGGGAUGUUUAAAGACAUGGAGCUUUCCAAAGACAUUAUUAUUCACUUCAAACAGGUAAAAUAUAUGCAGAACCAGAACAUACCUGGCAAUAUUGAAUUAACUGUGAAUAUUCUGACAAUGGGUUACUGGCCAACAUAUGUGCCUAUGGAAGUCCAUUUGCCACCAGAGAUGGUAAAGCUUCAGGAAAUUUUCAAAACAUUUUACUUAGGCAAACACAGUGGCAGGAAACUCCAGUGGCAGUCAACUGUGUGCUAAAAGCUGAAUUUAAAGAGGGCAAAAAAAGAACUUCAGAUCUCUCUUUUUCAAACCCUGGUGCUGCUAAUGUUUAAUGAAGGGGAGGAAUUCAGUUUAGAAGAGAUUAAGCAAGCUAUUGGGAUAGAGGAUGGAGAAUUAAGGAGGACACUGCAGUCACUAGCCCGUGGCAAAGCUAGAGUUCUGGCUAAAAAUCCAAAGGGCAAAGAUAUCGAAGAUGGUGACAAAUUCAUUUGUAAUGACGACUUCAAACACAAACUAUUCAGGAUAAAGAUCAAUCAAAUCCAAAUGAAAGAAACGGUUGAAGAACAAGCAAGCACUACAGAAAGAGUAUUUCAAGAUAAACAAUACCAAAUUGAUGCUGCGAUUGUUCGAAUUAUGAAGAUGAGAAAAACACUUAGCCACAAUCUUCUUCUUUCAGAGGUAUACAAUCAGCUAAAAUUUCCAGUAAAACCUGCAGAUCUAAAGAAGAGAAUAGAAUCCCUAAUUGACCUGGACUACAUGGAAAGAGAUAAAGAAAACCCAAAUCAGUACAACUAUAUUGCAUAGAAUGUUGGCCUUGGAAGAUUUGUUGUCAUAUGAUGUAGCCAAUGGAUAAACUAACUUGUUGAAUCUCAUAUUAUUUGACUUCUUUUAUACUUCCAAUGACCAAAUGAAGCAGUGUAAUGGAAAUAGUUGCGUGGACUUUUCUCAGUGGUUAACAUGCCCAUUUUAA